AGAAAUUUAGCUUAGGAUAAUUGAAUCAUAUUUAGUACACCCAUUUUGUUUCUUGGAUUAUACACUACAUGUCAUUAUGGAGUUUCCCUUUGCAAUAUGGAAUGCUCCUGGUGUUGGAUAUAUCCCAUUAAUUAAUCACAGAAACACCGAAGACAGAUUGCAGAUUUUCAACGAAAAUGAAAAAACUUUUGCCGACACCUUGGUUGGUGAAAGUGUCAUGGAACAUUGUGAAAAUCUGAAGAAGAACUUGCUUCAAUUUCAGGAAGAAAGUUAUGAAAAUGCAGUUGAACACAUAAGAAACAUCAGGCAAGGUGACACUGAAAAAGAGAUAACUCAUGUCCCCAAAACUCCGCGAACAGUUAAAAAAACAAGAAGAAGAAGAGUGGUAAAGGCAGAACAAUCAGUACAGCCAUUACGAAGGAGCACUCGUUGCACCAGAGCUUCUGUGAGAUUAGACAGCAGUUUAUUCAAUGAUUUGAGUUUGGAUCAAAGCCGCUCCUCCUUAUCAAAUGUCGACACUGUUGUGGCAGAAAUUACGAAAGGCCGGGAUAAAAAGAAAGGUUCAAAACGAAAAAAAGCAACCAUAGUUGUCCCCACUAUCGAUGAGUUAGAAGAAUGUGUUGAAAAGACAUCUGUUUCUGACGCUGUUAAAUCUAACCUGGACACUGUUUCACAAACUGUGGAACAUUUGAUUCAAUUUCAUGAACAGGAGAUUGACGUACAUAAGGACAAGCAGUCGCAACCUUCAUCCAGCUCAAAGGCACACACUGCUGUUGAUUUAAACACUUCCGAAGCUUUGUAUUCUGAAACACCUAUGCCAACCAGACCAAAACGAAAAGGUCGCUCAAGUGCUAGAAGGUCAAUAACAAAUCAACUAACAAACCAUUCCAAAACAAUUUCCAGGAAAUCUAAAACAACUAACAACAGAAAGAGCUUAAUUCAAAUUCUUCGCAAGUCGUUGGCGAACGAAAAUCUUAUUGUUAACGGCGAAAGUGAGGAAAAUGGUUGUGAACAAAUGCAUGGUAUAGUGGAAAAAACUGCAGUAGUAGUAGUUGAACGAAUGGAAACAGGGGAACCUGAACAGAACACACUAGAUCAAGAGAAUGAAGAUACUGCCAGCAAUGCUACUAUUACCACCUCUCAAACUGGGACAUUGAAUGAAACUGGUACAAUGUCGACAUCUACUUGUUCAUCAUCGGCUGCUACCAUUGAGCUUAAUGAAAAACCAACUGACCAACUUUCUGUUGAUGACAUUGUACAGAACAGAAGUUUCCCAGUGUUUAGUGUAUCUGACACUGAAGAAGAAGUAAAACCUACCAUGAGUCCUGUUCAUGAGCAAGAGCCGAUGAAAGCCCAAAAAAGUUCCCGGAAAUCUGUUCGUGCUUCGCGUAGAGUUAUCAGCACUGCUUUGCGUCGUUCUAGUAUUCGAAGAUCAACUAGAAUCAACCCUGGUAUGGCUCAGUCUGGGGAAGUUAUAUUACAG